AUGCCUUUUGUCCGAUUAGACCCUGCCAAAACUAGCCAUUUAAAUCCCGGUCACCAUCGAAAUGGGCAUCCAGGUGGUCAACGAAGAUCUAAAGAACUAAAGUCUGAAGAAAUUCGCCAAAGUAUUGAAAGUAGAAGCGGCGAAGUCGUCUCAAGCGAAGAUGAAGUGGUUGGUCGAGGUCUUGUUUCAUCUUCGGCCGCUCUGGACACAAGUGGUUCCACACCAGACGUGGCGAGUGGUGAUGCUACAAAUUCAGGCGGAGAACUGAUUGCUGAUGAUGUAACCAGGAGAGACGUGACCAUAGACGACGUCAUCAAGGACGAAGUUAAGCCUUGGUGGAAGUUUGCUUCGACUACUUGCGAUUCUUGGCGACCGCCGCAGCAUGUUUACUUUCAGGUAACUUUUCUUCUUUUGGUGCUAGCCAGUUGCGCCCCCGCAAGAGGAUCUCGCGGGUGCUUGUGGUUGAGAUUUAUGAUGAUUUCGAGUUCCGUAGCCCUAUCAGCAUGGGCGCUGCGAGGUGAUGAAUACAUGACGUUUCAUAAAAGCAGUAUAUUGUCCAAACGUCACCAGGAAACAACGACCAGCAGUCGUCACACUUUACCGCUUUCGCAUUACCAGCAAUCGACGACUCCUGAAGGUUUUCAUCACCGCCAUCGAGAGGAUGGUGAUCGUUUCGAGUACCAGGGGCGGACGGACAACGGACGUCGUCGCGAGCAAUCGUGCAGACCGGACGCCCUGCUGUGGGCUGCAGCUUUGGCCGCAGUCAAUGGUGCUCAUGUGGCCUUUGCCCUGUGCAGGGCAUUAAGGCCGAAGCGUUUUAGUGGUGAAUUAGAAGAGGUAUACCAAGCCCUGUUCAAGCCCCUAAAGGUAACAAGACACCAAUUCAAAAAAGUUUUAGGCUGCAUGAAAUUGAUCAGGUCGCUCAAAUAUCAGGAGGUGUACGCUCAGGAGAAGGUCACCAAAGUCGACAGCCUCUCUCUUGUAUUAUCUGGAAAAUUGGUCGUAUCCCAGAAUCAACGCGCCCUGCACAUUGUUUUUCCGCACCAGUUCCUGGACUCGCCAGAAUGGUUUGGUGUAUCGACUGAUGAAUAUUUUCAGGUGUCAAUAAUGUCAAUGGAGGAAUCUCGAGUAUUGAUCUGGCAUAGAGAUAAGUUGAGAUUAACUAUCAUCACGGAUCAGUUUCUGCAAGCAGUUUUUGAUCAUAUAUUGGGUAGAGAUGUUGUCAAAAAACUAAUGCAGAACUGCCAAUCGAUGGAAAACUGGCAUGCCAGUCAGUCGAGUUCUUCACUCAAGACCAAAACUUCAAAGAAAAGUCACAAAAAUGUGAGCGAAACCAUGGCUGUAAGCAAUGGUUAUAUUCCGAACAAUUUUGAUGACCAAUCCGAAGACAAGCCAAUGCUAAUUUUAAAGAAAAAUGGUGACGGUCACGGUAUUACUGCUCUGAUCAACAGACAACUACAAGAAGAGCAUGCCCCCUUGCUAAGUAGACUUUGUCCAACGAGCCCGCUUGUGAGACUGACUGUGAAUCCAAAUCAGAAUCUGAAUCUGACUCUGGACGAUUGCGACAGGACCUCAACUUUCGAAGCAUUCGACAAGGAUAACGAUCGAGGAUAUUGGUCCUAAAUUGGUUGAAAGAUUUAACGACAAAAUCAGCGACCGACCCGAACGCGUGGCGCCUGGGUCGUAUAGAGGAAACAGACCACGAGACACCGGUCUAAUGCGGAAACUGACCAGACGCGACCAUUGUGGCCA